CGAAAGAGAUGUAGAGAUAGGUUUACAGAAAGAGCUAUAAUACAGAGAGACACGCUUGAGAGAGUGACCCAGAGUGCUAAUACUGGGGGAAGGUUGGAGAAAUGUAAAAUUAGAUCAUAAGUAAGGUAGAAAAGAGAGGACAGACAUCCAGUUUGCUUGUGAUGGAGACGUCAGAAGAAAUGGGACCUUCAGUUUUCAUGAUCAUUUUAUUGCUCCUUAGUCAAAGUGUUCAUUGCCAGGAAGAAUCAGUGCUGCAGUGUAUUGCAGAUAAAAAUAAAUGCAUAACUUGUAUGUGGAAUCAGCAGGGGACACCGAAGGAGAACUACACACUGUACUACAGGAUCUUAAACUUUGAAUCCCAACCUGCUCUUCCUUGUCGUAACUAUCUUCAGGAUGGUCAGAUUAAUAUUGGCUGCUGGAUCAAUGCCCCUACAGUCAAUCUUUUCUCACCUUUUGUUGUGCAGCUGAAUUCUACUAAUAGAGACAAACCAAUAAUUCGGGAGUAUGAAAGAAUGCAAACGAUGGUCAAGUUGGACCCUCCAUAUAACCUGACAAUAAAGGCAACAAAUCACUCUGAGUUGCUUCUACAAUGGCAGUUUGACCAUGGACAUUUUCCUGUCCUCUGCAUUUGCUUCCAGGUGGAACAUCAGAAUAUGGCCAGCAAGGAGGGGAAGGUAAAGGAAGUUAGAUCAGCGCUAUUUUCUUUGCCCAGUUAUGACCCUAAGCAGAUCUACACUUUUCGAGUCAGAAACAAAUUAUGCGAGAUUUGUGCAGACGCUAAAAUGUGGAGUGAGUGGAGCGAGGAAAUCACCUGGGGGAAAAAUGAAACGCUUAUCGUAUUCUUUGCUGAAACUGCUCCUUUCCGUGAAACGCUCUGGAAUGUGCAUGUGUAA